CGGGCCCCGCCCCGUCGGCGGGCGGCUCCCGGAGCUGUGCAGCGCCGCGCACCGCCAUGGGCGACCCCGCGGGCCUGGCCCGCCGCCUGCUGCUGGCCGGCAUCGCCGCCGCCUACCUCGCCGCCUUCGCCUCGCUCUACCGCCAGCUGCCCGGGCUGUACGGGCGGGACGGGGUGCUGCCGGCGCGCCGCACGCUGCGCUUCACGGGCCGGGCGCUGCGGGAGCAGCUGCGCGACGCGCCCACGCUGCUGUGGCUCGGGCCGCGCCUGGGGCUGGACACGGAGCAGGGCAUGGAGCUGCUGUGCCUGCUGGGCGUGCUGGCCUCCUUCGGCGCCCUGGUGUGCGACCGCCUGCGCGACGCCCUCGUCUUCCUGCUGCUCUGGGCGCUCUACCUCUCGCUCUACCAGGUGGGGCAGGUGUUCCUGUACUUCCAGUGGGACAGCCUGCUCCUGGAGAUCGGCUUCCUGGCCGUGCUGGUGGCUCCGCUGCACCUGCUGAAGUGGCGCAGCACGGCCUGGCGCCCCCACGACGGGCUCCCGUUCUGGCUGAUGCGCUGGCUGCUCUUCCGGCUCAUGUUCGCCUCGGGCGUGGUGAAGCUGACCAGUCGCUGCCCUACCUGGUGGGGGCUCACAGCCCUGACCUACCACUACGAGACGCAGUGCAUCCCCACGCCAGCUGCCUGGUACGCCCACCAGCUGCCCGUCUGGUUCCAGAAGCUCAGCGUCGUGGCCACCUACGUCAUCGAGAUCGCCGUGCCGCCCCUCUUCUUCGCGCCCAUCCGCCGCCUCCGCCUCUUCGCCUUCUACUGCCAGGUCUUGCUGCAGGUGCUGAUCAUCCUCACGGGCAACUACAACUUCUUCAACCUGCUCACCAUCGUCCUGGCCUUCUCACUGCUGGACGACGAGCACGUGGGGCUUUGGCUGGGGCGCAGCCGCAAGAGGCACGGCACCGCCUGGCCGCCAAGCCUGUCCUCCUUCCUCUCCGCGCUGGUGGAGCUCACGGUCUACGGGCUGCUGCUCUACGGGACCGUCCUGUACUUCGGCCUGGGCAUCAACUGGGAGAAGCAGCACGUUGAAUCCAAGAUCGCUUUCACCUACCAUGAGUUCAUGCAGUGGUUGAAGACCGUGAUGUUGCCUCUCAUCGGGCUGGGGCUGCUCUCCCUGGGCUGGGAGAUCCUCUCGUCCAUGUACCGGUGUGCCUGCAUCCGGGGCUUCCUGUGGAAGCUGUGGGCUGCGCUGCAGUGGGCCGUCUUCACCAUCGCCACCUUGGGGAUGUUCGGCCUCUCUCUGGUACCAUUCACCUACAUCGAGCACGAGUCAAACGGGAAGCUGUGGCCCAGCCUGCACCAGCUGUUCGGUGCCGUGGACCGCUACCAGCUGGCCAACUCAUACGGGCUCUUCCGGCGCAUGACGGGGGUGGGAGGCCGUCCCGAGGUGGUGCUGGAAGGCAGCUACGACGGGGAGCACUGGACGGAGAUCGAGUUCAUGUACAAGCCGGGGAACGUCAGCGCGGCGCCGCCCCUGGUGGCCCCCCACCAGCCCCGCCUGGACUGGCAGAUGUGGUUUGCGGCCCUGGGGCCCCACACCCACAGCCCCUGGUUCACCAGCUUCGUGUACCGCCUGCUGCAGGGCAAGGAGGAAGUGAUCCGCCUGAUCCAGGUGGACGAGUCCAACUACCCGUUCAGCGCGCAGCCGCCCACCUACCUCCGAGCCCAGCUCUACAAGUACUGGUUCACAGAGAGCUCCAGCAAGGGGGAGCCCCCGCAGCAGUGGUGGCGGCGGCAGCACAUGGAGCAGUUCUACCCCACCGUGUCCCUGGGAGACCCCACGCUGGACGCCCUGCUCAGCCAGCACGGGCUCAAGGACAAGUCUCCCCUGAAGCGUCCGGCGGAGGCCACCCUGCCGCGGCUCCUGCAGUUCAUGCGCAAGCUGAGCCGCCCCUACACGGCCCCCACCCUGCUGUGGACCCUGUACCUCAUGGCCGCUACCAUCCACCUCCUGCGGGCGCUGGGCAGCCGGGCGCCGGGCGGCACCCCCAGCGGGCGGCACAAAGGCCCCCGGCCACGGCUGGAGGGGGGCGGCGCCAGCGGGGACCCCGGCGGCAGCGACAAGAACGGGCAGGUGCGGCGGCGAGAGGCCGAGGAGAAGGGCGAGGGCCGUGUCCGCACCACCAAGAAGUAGCCGCCAGCGCACCGACCCCCCCCAGUCUUCCGGGCAUGGACUGACGGCGCCUUGUGUCUGCACUCGCGACCCCCCCAGGUCUCAGCCUCCUCCGACCGCAGCCGUGUGGGUCCUGGCUCUGCUGGGGCCCGGGUGCCCCUGACACCUCCCCUCCCCUUCCCCCAGACACCGGGCCCCAUUCGUCGGUCCCUGCUGGGCUGGAGAAGGGCCGUGGUGGGUGCGCUCCCUUCCCCACGGCCUGCCUAGCCCUCCAGGUCUGUGCCUUCAGCUCCAAAUCUGGCACCUGCAGGUCUGCCGGGGCCGGCAUGGUGCUUCCAGCAGCUGUGCCGUGGGGUGACCACUGCCCCCCACGUGCCUGGCAGCUCAGGGUCGUGUUGGGACCCCACCUGCUGUUACGACCCUCCGUGGGUGCUCACGGGGCCUUUCUGCCUCUAUCCAAACCACUUCGCUUAUUCUCCUCCCGUGCCCCCUGCGGGGCUCAGCCCUGGGCAGGAGGGUCCCCGGUCCGGAGCAGUGCUGGGGCCCGCGGCCUGCUUUCCGCUCAGCUGCGGCAGGGCCCCGCUGUCACGUUCUUCCAGCUGCUGCCCCCAACAGAGACGUUUCCUAGUUUUCUAAAUAAAGCUUUGACAUUCCA